AUGAUCGCGAACGUGCUCAGUGUUAUUGUGUCCGCUUGUAGUUUUCUCUUUACUUCUUAUGUUUUGUGUCGUCUGACAUAUUUCUUAUCAAGUCACGAUAUACACAUUCAUUCAGAUGACAGUACAGAACAAGCUGCUUUUUCGAACCUUUUUCUGGAUAUGUUGUUGCUUACUGUUUUUAUCCUCCAACAUUCUCUCAUGGCCAGCAAUCGAUUUAAACAAAUUUGCUGUAAUUUAUACAUAGAACACCUCAGUAGAAGCAUUUAUAAUGCUUGCAACUCAGUCAUAGUUAAUUUCCUAAUCAACAAUUGGCAGCAAGUUCCAUUUUAUCAUUUCUGGCAUUUUAGCACCUCUAGCAGUACUGUUUCAAUACUUUUCAAUAGCCUUCAUGUGUUUGCUUGGAGCUACAUUUACAGUGGUUGUAUUAUGAUGGAUAUUGCUGAACUGUAUGGACUCAAGCAGGUCUUCUACAGAAUAUCUGGGAGAAAUAGUCCUCUGGAUAAUAAAUCUACAGAAUUGAAACGAUACAUGAAUCAUAUGAGGCAUCCUAGCUUCACUGGAUUUCUUAUUGUUCUGUGGCUGUAUCCUUUUAUGAGUCUAGACCGAAUGUUAUUGGCUAUUGUGUUCACGGGAUACAUGGUGGUAAGAUGGACUACAGAUCCCGAGGAUUAUAAUUAUCACGUUCGAUAUUUUCAACAAAAGCAAAUGGAACUGUCAUAAUUUCCCAUUUUCUACAUGU